AUGACUGCUAUUACUGAUCAUUUAUCACAGUCAACAGAGAUUGGCUUUCUCUUGACUGACAGUCUUUCAGAAUAUUAUGAAAGUAUUGUAAAUCAAGUUAUGCUUGACGUAACAGAAGAUGUAUUAUCUUAUGUUCCAAAAUCAAUUUAUUAUGAUAAUAUAGAAGGACGCCAAUCAGCUCAAAAAUCAAUGACUCGUAAUUUGAAUUUUAUGCGUGCAAGUUUAUUAGCAUCUAUAAACCCACUUGUUUCAACAGAUAUUCCUCAAAUUAAUGAAUUUAUUCAAGUUCAAAAUCAAUAUAAAAAGGCAACAAAAGAAGAACAACUAGGUCCUAUUCUAUUAGAUGCCAUCUUGUCUUUAAAUAAAAAGUUAAGUCAUCAACUAGGCUUGAUUGUAAAUGCAGAGCAAUCUUCUUCUAUUCUGUUACGUCAAGCAAGCGCUCAAUUUAUCAAAAAUAAUCAACCUAAUUUAGAUUCUUCUUCAACAAUUACUGUUGAAUGGAACUUGCGUAAACCUUUCCAAAUCAAUGUUUUCCAAGAAAAGAAGGCAGUACAACCACAAAUAAUUAAUCUUGAAAUUGAAUGGCUCUACAAUCAACUCUCUUUAGUUGAAACUAAUUUGCUGAAUGAAUUUAAUGAUCGUAUAGAAGAAGCAAUUGAUUUAAUCAUCGAAGCUUUAUCUUAUGAUAUCUAA